AUGAGGUACAUUGUGGCUUCUGCUUUAAUACUGACAAUUGUCCUCGCCGAAGAUCUUUGUAAAAGACAUACAGACGGUGAAAAUGUGUAUUGUCUCUGUGUAUAUCAAAAUCUUUCUUCAGUACCCGACGACUGCGCAGAAAAUACUACUGUUUUGGACAUUCGUGGGAAUCGUAUUAAGACACUGUAUAAUCGUUCAUUCACAGGACUACCUUAUCUGCGGAAAUUGAUUAUAUCUCAUUCUUAUGUUGAAAGGAUUGAAGUUCUAGCAUUUUACAACUUACUUGAACUAGUUUCGUUAGAUUUAAGUCAUAACGUUAUAAGGAGCGAUGGGUUGCCUAAUGGUGUGUUUCAGUCUAUGCCUCAAUUGAAACGAUUGGAUUUACGUUACAAUGCGUUUGCUGAGUAUCCAGAUAGACAACUGAGCGAUUUGGAAGGUCUUGAAAUUUUAUCUUUAAACGGCAUCAACGGACAAAAAUUUGGAAAAGGAUUUUCAAAGUUAACCAACCUUGAACAAUUUAGAUUACAGCCUUGUAACUAUGAAAUGCUACACAACGACACGUUCAAGUACCUACGUAGACUACCUAUUACUUAUUUUCCUUUGUCAUGUAAAAUACGCAAAGUAGAAACCGGGGCAUUUUUCCCACUACAGCACUUGACAUCUAUCAGUAUAUACCAAAACCGUUUUAUUCAAAUAAGUAAUUUGCUUCCAUCUUUUGUUGCGUUCAGAGGGCAUAAUAUGUCAUCAAUACUUUUGAACAACAAUAAUUUCUAUUUUGGAAAACAUUUUGAUACACUAUCGGAAAGAGACGGUGUAUUACUAGGUAAUAUUUGUGCCAGAAAAAUUUCAUUAGAAUCGAAUUCAUUAAUUGAAAUCCGGCUUGGUUUUCUCUAUGGCAUGAAAUAUAGAAACUGUAUCGAAACACUCAUCCUGCGAGGAAACUCCCUCAAUCGUCAUCAAGAAUAUUUAUUUGAGUUGAAUUUAUUGAGUAAUCUAAAAUAUGUGGACUUAUCCUCGCAGAAUCCUUAUUCCUUCAUUGGUGAAAAGACUUUACAAAAUAAUUUGAUUGGGACCCCUAGCGGGUUUACAAUAAAAUUACCAUCUACUUUAAAAUUCAUCAACUAUUCAAACAUUAUCACAAAAAAUACAAAAUUAGCCUCAAAAGUAAAAGUAGUUGGUGGGUACAAUGUUGAAGUAUUGGAUUUUUAUCAGAUUUUCGUAAAUUGA